CCCCUUGUGAUUAAAAAGUUUUAAAUUUGGAAAUUUAUGAGAUUGGAAUUGUAGAUGAAAUGCAUGGUGUUUCUCAAAAAAGACAUAAAUGAUAUUUUGAAAAGAGUAUUGCAUCGCAUUUGCACUUACAUUCAAUUUUGACCAUCUAACAUAAACGUAUAUACUUUGUUUGGUAUUUCUCUACUGGACUUUAUGCUCACCCCUAUAGAUUUUGGUACAGGUAAAGACGUGGUAAUCCCGCCAAGUUGAGGGCGUGGGUAAUUGUAAAGGGCACAUGGCUUUUCUUUUGUUGUGACUUCUUUUGUAAAGCCAAGGGCUAACAUGUUUGGGUUCGAAAGACCUCUUUUGUGUAACCGGGCUACAGCCUUGAAAGAUGCUGCAAGUGCAGUUGCUUCGGCUACAAUGACACCAUUGAAUGCUGAGGCUCCUCCAAACAAGCUUGUUGAACUGGUUUCAAAGGGUCUUGCAGUGGAGAAAGAUGAGAUGUUAAGAGGGAUUUCUUCAUCUGCAUUGUUUGAUUCAGGUGCAGCAGUACCUGUGGGAUAUGGUUCAAUACCAGCUCCUCGCGCUGUCGCUGUUGAUUUUGGGUAAUUUGUUUCUCCAACUCACAGUCCUAUUUUUCUGUUUAUGCUUUGUUGUUAUAUCAUUUACUUUUAAUGCUUGCUUCCAUUGGUUUUAGUAUGUCAUACAGUAAAAUGCACUAUUAUUGUAAAGUAUGUCAAAUAUCUUGUGUUUGGCAAAUGAGAACUGAUAUGUGUAUGCACUUUUUAAUGUAAUAAUGUAUUUACGCAUUACAGUAAUUGCAAAAAAGGUGCAUGUGUGGAAUAUGCUUCAUGGCAUGCUACGUAGUAUAUCCAGAUACAAUUCUGUAUAUCUGCAAUGAGCGCUUCUAAUCUCCUAGUUGAUAUCCAGCUUUCCCACUGCUGCUUUUUUCCUGCGAUGUUGCUCUGCAUUCAUGGAUUCUUUAAACUCCUUGAUUGCCUCCCACUGCUAAAUUAUUUUGCAUGGUAGGGAUGGAAUUGAUUGAAAGUAACAGUGAUUAGACAACUAUCACAGAACUUAGGAGAUGGUAGUUUGGAAGGGGAUAUUAAGUGCAUUAGGUUAAACUUCUUCAUGGCUAGUGGUUCUUGUCACCAGACCAAUGAAUGAUAUAUAUAUAUAUAUAUUAGAUAGGCCCUGUGCCUGGUCAGAAAUAUAGUGAAAAGCUUUCACAUAAUUUCCUUCGGAUUGAGCUAACAUCUGUUAUGGUUGUCAUUCGAGUAAAAGAAUCUCCAUUCCAUAAUCAUAUUCUCCCCUAUGUACAUAAUGAGAAUAAUACAUGGAGUCAAAAAAGAUUAAAAUAGGCCUGUUUGUUGGCGGCAGUGUUUUUAAAGGCUCAAGGUGCAGCAAGGCGCUGAAGGUCUCUUGGGGCCUAGGCACAAGGCAAGGCAAGGCAAGGCAAGACGCGGGUUUUAUUGAA